AUGAAGAUGAAGAGGAUGAGGGUGGUGACCACCAGCAGGACUCCAAACGUCACAGCAGCAGCCAGAGGAAGGUUAGACUCUGGAAAACAGAAAAGCACAGCUGUAGUUCCCAGAAUCCUUUGCGGUCAGAGGGCCGAGCCGGAGGGCGGAGCCGUUCCCUGGGAGGGCGUGGCCAUCUUUCCUCCAGGUGACCUCCAGAACCACCUGAACCCGUCCGACCAGCCAAUUAGAAACACUCGGGCGAGUCACGACUCAUCCCCCAACAUCUUCACUGACGGUUUCCUCUGCAGACAAACAGAGACGAGGACGAAUCCUCCCAACGCUCCUGAAGGUAACACCUGUCUGCUGCAGGGACUUUACACCAGGAUAACUCAAACCGACCAACAUCUGGAGGUUAAAGGUUUUGGCUUCAUCAUGUCCAAUAAAGGAAGAACCUCGCAGGAAGUGAGGAACCUCCUCCAGUCCUGCAACGGGUUCAACUCGGAGCAGACCAGGAAGUUCUACGACAACGAAGCGGAAAUGUACGAACAGGAUUUUGUGGAUACGUUGGAGUACCGCUCUCCACAUCAGCUCAUCGAUCUCCUGGUGGACAACUUCUCCGGAGACCGAGGGACGGUUCAGGUUCUGGAUGUGGCCUGCGGCUCCGGACUGGCGGCUAAACUGAUGUUUAAGUUGGGAUUCAGGAACUUUGUUGGAGUGGACUGCAGCAAACGAAUGCUGGAGGAAGCUGCAAAGACCAAACUCUACCAACAGCUCCAACCAGCCCUACUGGGAACAGAUCCACUUCCUGCUCAGACUGGUACGUUUGAUCUGGUGAUUCUGGCCGGAGGACUCGGUGUUGGUUUCACUCCCGUCAGCGUCAUCAGGGAGCUCUGCAAUGCAGCCAAACCAGGAGGUUUAAUCUGCUUGGCGAGAGGCAACCACACGAGUUCAGCAGAGAAACAGUAUGACGCAGAUCUGGACCUAGAGCUGCAGGUGCUGGUGGACGAAGGGCUGUUGAGUCGAGUCGCCGUCAAGAAGGUGGAGCGCUACAUGCUGGACCCUCAGGUGGAGGCCAGCAGGCAGGACGUGGACCCGGUGUACAUCACCGGGACCCUUUACCUCUACCAGAAGACCCGCAGCUCGGACGGAAACAGCCAGAGCAAAGAAAUAUGAUGUGAAACCUGAACUCCAGCCCAACUCACUGAAAGUUACCAUUUACCGUUAGAAACUGAUAAGUAUUUGAAGAGAAAAUGUAGCUGAUAAAUACAAUGGUUGACAAGUAGAAAAGUGCAGCAAAAACAUGAAUGAUUCAAACUCCAAAACACACAAACACAAAAAACUAAUAAAACAGAAAAAUACAGUAAAAAAAAUAUACUGAAACCAAAAGACAUACAAGCAAAACCAGCAGCUGACCACUAGGGGGAGUCGACCCCUGAAGCAUACAGGACCUGACUUAGUAAAAACAGAGAAACAAAGAAAGAAAAGCUUCGCUAUUCUUCAUGUUAUUUACCAUACAAUAGAACAGCAGAAUAUUUACAGAUAUAAUAUUCCAGACAGUGACUCCCCCUAGUGGUCUGGAGGACUUUUGUUUUGCAGUGUUUGUUGUUUUUGUUAUAUGUUGCUUUUUUGUUUGUGGCAUUGUUUUGUUUGCAUUGGUAUUUUUGUAUUUCAAAGUUUGCAUUGUCGAGUGCGAGAAAUGAUCAAAGUCCAAACCUUGUUAAAAAGAGAGAACAAAACAGCUUUAUUACAUCUGGCCAGAUGGAGAACCCAGAAGAUCUGAGAUCUGACUAGACAAAGGAAUCACUUCUCUAUAUUUACUGUUUAAUGCCCUUCACACACAGACAGGGUGUCAUCGCUGAUAUUCUAAAAAAGCUCAUCAGAUUAAUACACAUAGUGGGAAAAAUGCAACCUUUAGUUAAGAACCAGUUUCAGGCAGAAUAUUCUGUCUAAUAAUAAUCAGUCAGUCGUUGGGUCUGGUUAUCACACUGGAGCAAACUAGUGAAGGCUAGAAGAGAAACAAUGACUCUGUAAGUCUGAGUAAAAUAUAAUAAACUGAUUAAACAUGUAAGAUUAACAUUAAAUAAACUUCUAAUAAAAG